UGCAGUUUGUGCUGCGUAAUCGACUAGUGCACAGUGUCCACUUGUCGUUGCGGGAGAUGCGGAGCGUCUGAAACUCUCUCUCUCUCUCCGAGCGUCCACGUCGUCGUUUGUCCGUGUAAAUUCCCGAGUGCGGGCAAACAUCCACGCGAACCCAUCCACAUUCUGCGGGACCUUCGAGAGAAAGAGGAGGGCAACACAGAAAAUAACAUCGGAAGAGAGAGCCAGUUAGGGUGCACAUCGUGUACAAGCGACUGUCGCAAGCUCCGAAGAACGACAGUGAGAUAAAAGAACAGAAGAAGAGGAAAAAAAAAAAAAAAAAGGCAAUCGGCCACCGAAUGUCCAGCCAGAGAUCUUGUGGUUCGCCAACAGCUGCAGGGCACGUAGCGAGCAACGAGGAGGCCUGGUCUGAGCGCGCGCCCAGCUCGCCCGGACUAUUGGCUGCGUUCUGACUGAUUUUCACGGCCCAGUCACAGAAAGCCUCCAUCAUUCCGCCACUAAACGAGUGCGGGCCCCCAGGGUGGCGAAACUUUGUUAAGGGUUCCGUCUGCGAGAGGCUGGUCGACCAGUCUGUUGUUGGGUGCUUGAGCUGCGGCAACUGGAAGUUGUCCCUGAACGCAGAGCCCCCGUGGCUUUGCUAGCACCCCUAAAGCCACAGAUCUCACAAUAAACCCGCCUCCCCACGACUCUCAUCAUUUUAAUUGACAGCUGCCUCUUUGCUGCCUAGCUACCACAGAGUUUUAUAAAUUUUAUUAUUUAGUUAAAAAAACGAAAGAAAAAACCCAAAGUAUCAAAAUGAAGGUGAUGAACCAGGACGAACGCAUCCACGUGCUGAACGCCACUUCCACUUUGAUGAGUGUAAUCCAAGACAUCGCAAGCAGCGGCCUGCAGGAGGAGGCCUUUUACGUUCUCGACAUUGGUGACAUCGUCCAGAAAUACCAAACCUGGAACAAAAUGAUGCCGCGCGUCAAGCCCUACUACGCCGUCAAAUGCAACGACCACAUCACCGUACUGGAAGUACUAGCCUCGCUGGGCAUAGGAUUCGACUGCGCGUCCAAGAACGAGAUCAACAAGGUGCUGGACAUCGGGGUCGACUCGUCCCGCGUGAUCUUCGCCAACCCGGCCAAGCCCGCCUCGCACAUCCGGCACGCAGCAACGGUCGGCGUCGAUCUCAUGACAGUUGACAACGAGAGCGAGCUCUACAAGAUAAAAAAACUCUUCCCCACCGCUAAGAUCGUGCUCCGUAUCCGUUGCGACUCCGAGGUGGCCCAGUGCCAACUGGGCAUGAAGUUCGGCUGCGAUCCGACUUACGAGGCACCGGCCCUCCUCCAGCUGGCCCACGCGCUCGGCCUCGACGUCGUCGGCGUGAGCUUCCACGUCGGCUCCGGCUGCCAGGACCCCCCGGUCUUCAAGCGCGCCAUCUGCCACGCCAAGGGCCUCUUCGACCUCGCCUCCAAAAUCGGCUUCAAGCCUUACCUCCUGGACCUCGGUGGUGGCUACCCGGGGGACAAGGGCACCAGCAUCGAAAAGAUCGCCAAUGUCGUCAACCGCGCUCUGGCCGAGUACUUUCCAACUGACGACGUGCAGGUGAUAGCCGAGCCAGGGCGUUUCUUCGUCGCCUCGGCCUUUACCCUGGCGACCGCGAUCCACAGCAAACGCGGGGUCCGCUCGGAGGGCAACGGCCCGGUCAUCCACAACAUGUACUACAUCAACGACGGGGUUUACGGCUCGUUCAAUUGCCUGUUGUACGACCACCAGCACGUGACCCCGGUGCCGUUGAUCCCGGGCCACGGCAAGCUCGUACCUUCGAGCAUUUGGGGCCCGACCUGCGACGGCCUCGACCAAGUCGUCGAGAACGUCAUGCUCCACGAGAUGGACCUCGGCGAGUGGAUCGUCUUCGAGAACAUGGGCGCCUACACCCUGCCCGUCGCCUCGCCCUUCAACGGCUUCCCCAUCCCCAAGGUCCACAUAGUCGCCAAUCAGGAAAUCUGGGUGGGACUGAAAAACUGCCUGCCACUGACGGAGGAGCACUUUGUGAUCGGCAACACCCCGGACAACCUGCAGCUGGGCCUCGACAUAGGCGGCACCGACGUCAACGCCUGGGCCAACCCCGGCAUGGGGCUCAUGGUCUCGCCCGAGCUCAGCUCCUGCGAGGAGGAGUUGCUGUCCGUCGAGUCGAUGGACAGCCCACCGCCCUACCUUUGCGACUACGUCGAGAUCAACCCGAUCAACUGAGACAGACGACGCACACGCCGUUACGCUGAUUAUUACACCCCUGUACCGAUAUCACCUCAAAGUCUCGCCGUUCCGUUGCUCCAUCUUUUUCUACUUUUGCGUUUGUUCGCACGUGUGUAUUGUACGUACGUCGCGCGGCUGGUGCCUGUCCACCGUCGGGGCUUGCAGGGCGUGUCGUGCUUGACGAGUUUUCCAGUUAGGUGAACCGGGGCUGGCUUCGAUACGUCGAUCGGUUAAUACAUCAUCGGGACGAAAGAGCUUUAUUGUUGCUACAUUGAAUUUUUACGGGCUGGUGGGAGCCCAUCCGUGGGAAUGCUACGCGUACACACGUGCGGACGAGAGACUUUUAUAAGUGUUACAAGAAAAAAAAAAAAAAAAAAAAAAAAAAAGAAGAAAAAAAAAAAAAAGUACAACGCAGCUUACGUCUACGUGUACAUGAGCCCCCAGAGGGGAUGCAGCGAAAUUUUUUGAUUCUUUACUUUUGAUUUGGGAUUGAUAUUACACGUGUACUAUUAUACAUUAGACGUAUAUUCGUAAAUUUUCUAAAGUAGCGUAUAAGUGUCAUUGACGCGGUAUAACUUGUGUAUUGUUGUCAGCUAAUGGUUAACCUUUGACUCACGAUCCGAACGGUUGUUUGUUGGUACAAUUUUGUUGAUGAUGCACCGUUGGGAUGUUGAAUUGUUCAGAACAAUGGAAGGGCUUACGCGUAAACAAACAACGUGUUUGCGAUAUCGCGAUGGUGACAAGUUUGGGAAUGUGGAGGGAAGAUUGUGCAAAGAAAAUGAAGGCGAGAGACGGAGAAAAACCAAUGUUUUUCAAGGCAGGGAUCGAGUAAUUCGUGUUUGGAGUAGUACUUAAUUGAGUGCGAUCGUUAGUUGAGUAAACGAAAAAGAAGAAAAAAAAACAAAAAAAAUAUAUGUCGCAAGAAACGUAACAAGUUAUAAGUCGAUCGUUGCUCUUUUCACGUAUUUAAAUAUCUUAUACUAAAUGUGCAAAACUUACAACUAUGACAAACAAUAGUUUUUCAAUUGGCUCAUCGCAUCGAAUCGUAACAUAUUGUUGCGAGCAUUUUACUCUAUAACAAAAAAAAAUGAAAUUACACGUGUCGUUCUAGCCGAUUUUACAACUUGUGUAUAUGCUACGAGAAAUACGUGUAAGCCGAUCUUCUUUUUACUGCCUUUGCAUUCUUCUUCGUUUAUUUUUCAUUAUUAUUAUUUUCUUUUUAACGUUAAGUCACAUGUGUUUUGAUUUUACUUUAGUUUUCUUUAAUCACUUGACUCGGGGCUUAUGGGGCCGCACGAGCGAUUAUACAGUCAAAUGGAAGGAUUGUACGAGAAUUUCAUGGAAAAUUCGAAACUUUUCGAUCGCUAAUUCGGAAAAAAGCAUAAUAAUUCCUUAUUCAUUAUUCUCUGUCAAAGUGAAAAAAAAUCCAAUAUCUUUUUUUUUUUUUUUUUUCAAUCUCGAGUUUUGGAUGCACAAAACGUCCCCGAAGUUUUGUACAUGAACUCGGAGGGCGAAAACUCGUGGAUUCAAAUGUAGCGAAUAUGAUAAUUGGGUUUUAUAAUUGGACGAUAAAAUUGAAUAAUCAGAAAGACAAACAAAAUUUCAACUCUGUAGGUGUGCUAGGAACUCUUAAAAAGGCAUUGAGGCAGCUGUCAUAGGAAGCAAAAAAAGGACAAUUAGGUUUUAUCAUUACUAUAAUUAUAAUUAUCCUUAUUGUAUCAUAUAUAAUCAUCAAUUAAUUAUUCCUUUUACUUAAUAUUGUCAUCAUUAAAAUUAUUGUUAUUGUUGAUUAUUCGUGAACUGUCACUUGUAAUGAACUACUGUAGAUCAAUAAAAAAUGUAUUUGCAGACGUACCACAAAA